UCUGAAAGCAUAGCCCAGAGCUAACACACAACCUUUUUAAAAACCCACAAAAAAUUCCACCAAAAUUCCAAAUUUAUAGUUUUUAGUUUUGGGCAUUUCAGCACACGUCAAAAAUUAAGUAGUAUGCGAUUAUUUGGCAGAGUAACAAAUUUUUUACAGAUAUCUCGAUGCGUUAGCUACCAUGCACCGCUCUUCCGACCGCGCAACCUAAUCUAUACUGAACGGUUAAGACGGCUCUGCAUCUGUGCCUCCUCCGGAUCCAAGUCUAGCCGAAGGACCGCUCAUCCAGGUCGCGUCCGGGUGCAGAAGUACUCGCAAAAGGGUGGCAAUGUGUUCUCGGUCAACGAUAAUGUGGACAUGUUGCGCAAGCGGAUCAGUUUUUCCGGAUCCUCGGGCAAUGCGCCCAAGAUCAUGCCCAUUGGUCUGAUUACACCGGAAACGGGUGAUGGCAAGGAUCUGAAGAUUGUCAUUGUGCCCUUGGAUCUGUCUGGCAUGGAUGCCAACGAACUCAAGGAUACGCUUGAAACCAUCAACAAGUUGCGCUUGUACGCCAACCACAUCGAGACUUUCUCCAACAGCAUGGUCGAGGAAUACAGUGCUCUGAACGAGGCAGUGCAGGAAGUGGAAUCGGGGAAUCAGUCGCAAGCCGAGGCAAGGGCCCAAGAACGCACCUCUUGGGAAGUCUACCCAUCCUCGCCAUCAGCAGACGUUAACGCUGUGGGAACAGCAUUGGAUGCGGGUCAAGGUGUCAACUUACCGAUGCACCGCCAGGCGGCAGUCAAUAGUUGCCUCCAAAACGCUCUAAGUAAUCCAGUUACCAUGUCGGCCAUGGCCCAGGCGGAACCCUUCCAUCACCAAGAGCUCGCUAACCAAGAGAGCGACUUCGUCGAGGAGGUGCGUGUCGAUGUGCCGCAGGAUUUAAGCAAUCGCCUUAACGAUAUGGCCGUUUCGUCAAUGGAGCUGUCUUUCGAAAUGGACAUGACCAACCUGCGGCGGGCUCUCGAAAGCAAAGACUUGAACGCCGUGGCUCCGCAGGAUCCCAUGAUAUGUAUGCACACAAAGGUGGAAUUGGAUGCGCCUGGUACUGUAGAGAAAACGCUGCCGCUUAGGUUUAACGCCUUGAUCUCGGGCGUAGUGGAGAUAGAUACCCAGAAGUUAAAUCCCGCCCAGCUGACGGACGACAAAAUGCCGGGCUUCAACGAUGACCUCACCUCGCUGGCUGCUAACCUUUGCAGUACCGCCUUGGAGAAGGGUUUCGCCGGAAGCUCGAAAUCCUCGGAUACCUACAUCGCCGACCUGGAACUGACCAAAAAUGAGGAGACCCUUCCUACUAGGAUCAUCGAUACUUCCUAUAUGUCGGCGGCUAAUCAAGUUGGUCACGUGCGGGAAGCCCAGCAGAAGAUAGCCGAAGAAGCGUGUGCAGUGCCGGGCACCCAGGAGCAAGAGGUGCCAGUUCCCGUGGACAAAGACGGCUGCAAGCAUCCACCCGUUAAGCCCAAGCGAAAAUGUCCUGGAAAAUGUCCCCUAAUCACAGAUCCUUGCAAGGAGGAUCCCUGCGUGCGUCCUGCAAAAAAGAAGCCACCCAAGAAGGCUUUAAAAACGAACGACAUUACGUGCAAGGCAAAGAGCUCUUGUGGCAAGGACAGUAAGAAAAAGGAUCCUUGUGACAAGAAGGACGGUAAGGAAAAGGACAAGAAAAAGGACCCUUGUGCUAAGUUCAAGUCUGGGGAGAAGAAGGACCCGUGCGCCAAGAAAAAGGAAGAUCCAUGUGCCAAGAAAAAGGAAGAUCCAUGUGCCAAGAAAAAGGAAGAUCCAUGUGCCAAGAAGAAGGAAGAUCCAUGUGCCAAGAAAAAGGAUCCCUGUGCCAAGAAAAAGAAGGAUCCCUGUGCCAAGAAAAAGAAAGACCCCUGCGUAAAGAAGGAUAAGAAGAAGGAUCCCUGCGCCAAGAAGGAUGACAAGAAAAAGAAGGAUCCCUGCGCAAAGGGCAAGAAGGAUGACAAGAAAAAGAAGGAUCCCUGUGCCAAGGGCAAGAAGGAUGAUAAGAAAAAGAAGGAUCCGUGCGCCAAGUUCAAAAAGGGUGCUGGUGGCAACAAAAACAAAUGCAAGUUCUCUACCUUCACUAACCAUCCCGAUGCAAGCAGGCGUUACUUGUCCACCGCCUUAAGCCGAGUCUUCCGUGAAUCUAAUACUGUUUCUAGUGGUCCCCGCUUCCAAGUCUACUCCACUCUUGUGCGCCGUCACUAUCGUGUCCCAGUUGCAAGGACCGCAAGCUCUUGCGCGUGUUCCCUCUGCAAGAGUCGGCUGCUCCACAAGGCAGUCGCUCCAGCCCGUUUUACUAUCAACACGGCUCUCUUGAGAAGACGCUUCGGUGGACUUACGGGAAGGAUCUCCGGGGGAGCCCUACCGCAAGGCAGCUAUCGCGGAUACGCCAAGAAGGGCAAAUCUGGCGGCAAGUGUGGCGAAAUGAUGCCGAAGUACCCCAUUAAUCGUGGCAAGGACAUCAAGGAGCGAACGGGACUGCGCGACGAUUGCUUCAGCAACGAAGAUGGCUGUCCAAAGAAAGCCUGCACCGGCAAAUGCGCCAAGGUGAAGUUCCCGAAGAAGAAGUGCGAUCGCAAGAAGAAAAAGGAUGACAGAAUAGGCAGUCUCAUGACCCGAAGUACUAUUACCCAGCUGCAGGCGCAGAGAUCAUUCAGCACACGGGUAUGUUGCCAUCCACCCUCUGAAAAGCGCUCUGUGAAUGAUCAAGCUCUUGCGCUGCACAUAACGAAUCCAUACGAGAUCAGCGUGGUUCCUGUAUCCAAGCCUCGACCAAAGGAUUUUGACGUCCUUAUUCGGACGGGCUCAGUGGCCGUCUCGAACUCGGACAUUCAUGUAUACGAGAACGGCAAUAAAGACAUAGAAGCCAUGUCCCUGGGCCAUGAUGCGACGGGUGUCGUGGAGGAACUCGGUCGAUGCGUCCAUCAUCUGCACGUGGGUGACCGCGUCGUCAUGGAGUCGGCGUUGUCCUGCGGCAUCUGUGACCUAUGCAAGAAGGGCCUGUACAACAUGUGCUCCGGAUUGGUGUACAACGGCUUCCUAAGCACCUACCAAACGCAUCCUGCGGACCUCUGUCACCGGCUUCCCUCGUCCCUAAGCUUGGAGGAGGGUGCCUUAACUCAAACACUAGCACUGGGAUGUCAGGCGUGCUUCAAGGCCAACGUCACUCCCACCAGCAAUGUCCUCAUCCUGGGAUCCUGCCCAACGGCAGUGGCGGCCGGCAUAUGCGCAAAGGCCAUCGGAGCCAAGCGUGUGGCCAUAGCCGGAUGUAUGGCUCCGGCUCUGGAUGUGGUCGCCCGGGACUUCGGUUUCCAAGCAGUUGAGUUCGACAGCAACGCCCUGUUCGGAGAGGUCCUCGAAGCCAUCUACUGCAAGUUCAAGGACUGGCCGGACUGCGUGAUUAACUGCUCCAUCUCUGCAAUGACGAUGAAUCUGGCAGUCAUGGCCUUGAAGCCUUGUGGGGUGUGUGUGCUGGCAGAGUGCGAUUCCGAGUGUGCCAGCUUCAAUGCCCUGGACGUUCUAAUGAAGAACAUCCGCCUUGUGCCCAGUUUCCGUUCCGCCAAUAUGUAUCCGACUGCUCUUCAACUUAUGCGAUCUGGUCGAGCACAAAUGCACAAGUUCGUAAUGGCAAAGUAUCCUUUGAGCAAGGCGGAGGAGGCCUUUCGAACUGCGCAGCACGAGUCCAACAUUGGGCUGGGCAAGGUGAUUGUUAACUGUGCAGAAGAAGUAGACGUCUAGGAGAAUCGAGGGAGACUAAUUCCAAGCAGGCAAUAAAUAAAUUUAUGGUGGUAAAAGCUCUGUGAAAGCCGCAACAGAAACCUCUUAUUCUAAUUGAAGUUAAUUCUGUGUUUUCGACUUUAAAUUCGAAAUUAGAAUAAAACAAUAGAUUUAAGUAUUGCAACAAAAA